AUGGGAAUCGUACGACGUGCUGCUCGAUGCAGCCCGCCGCCUUUGACUGGCCGUCUUCCCUCCCUAUCGAUACCUGCUGCGCUUCUGCUUGCUGCAACUAUCCCCAUGGCUUCAGCCCACGACCACGACUCCUCGCACAUUGAGGAGGGCCAGGCCGUCUCGGUCGACCCGAUUGACACGACACUAUGGAUUCACAUCUUCAUCCAGAUGGUGGCCUGGGGCAUACUGUUCCCCGUAGGCAUGGUUCUCGGUAUCACCAAGAACCGAUGGCACGUCCCCGUCCAGUCGCUGGCCACCAUCCUCUGUCUACUCGGCUAUGCUCUCGGACACAUGCACGGCGGCCGCGAAUUCCUCGAUACGAAUGUUCACGCCAAGUUCGCCUCGCCCUUGAUGUUUUUACUCUUCGCCCAGAUCGUCAUGGGCAUCUACUUGAAGUUGCACCUUGAGAAGGGCUUCAAUGGCCGGAUCCGACGCUUCGUGAAGCUGGGCCACGGGAUCGUCGGCAAGGCGAUGCCUGUCCUCGCCUGGACGCAGAUGAUCUUCGGCGGCAUCACAGCACUCGGCUUCUGCCAGGGCGAACACGUCGGCCAGUGUCUGGCUCAUUUCAUCAUGGGAGGAGCCUUCAUCGCCUAUGGUAUUCUUCUGACCAUUCUUCUGAUCGUCGGUCAGAUCUGGCUCAAGCACACCGGCCGCUCUCAAGAGUUCUUCGACAGUGCCGUCAUUGCUGCUUGGGGCUGUGUCAACACCUUCACCGAACAUCGUUGGGGCACCGCAUGGGUCAAGAACGACUGGCAGCACACCACCAUGGGCGUGAUCUGGUGGUGCGCUGGCCUGGCCGGAGUCUGGCUCAGCAAAGACCGUGAUGGGCGGCCUCAGCGCAACUUCGUCCCCGGCUUCGUUCUUCUGAUCACUGGUUGGGGCAUGAGCGCCCAUCCCCAGGAGUUGAUGGUCAGCGCCAUGACCCACAAGAUGUUUGGCUACACUCUCAUGGCCUGUGGCCUCACCCGUAUGAUUGAGAUUUCAUUUGUGCUGCGUGACCGCACUGGCAUGUCGGAGGAUGGCCGCGAGACAAACAGUUUCCAGUACAUCCCCGUAUUCCUUCUCUAUGCCUCGGGCUUCCUCUUCAUGGGUGCUACUGAGGAACAGAUGGCCCUGGUCGCUGGUUCUGGAAUGGACCACGUUUCUUACAUCCUGAUCCUCUACUCUCUUGCUUUCUUGGUGUUCCUUUUCACCAUGAUGCUCGUCAACCUUUACGACCGCAAUGCCAACCCAUCAAUGCCGGCCAAAGAAAUCGCAAACGGCCGCUUGGGACCCCGUAUGAACGGCCAUGUACCAGUUCGGGACGCUCAAGAGUUUGAGCUUGAGGGUCUGAUGAGCGAUGAUGAGGAUGAGGACGCCAGAAGGAGGCUCCGAGCGGGCGACGACAGUUUGGAGAGCCCAAGCACGCUGGGCAAGAACGAAGAGCGCAUCGCUCACUGA